AUAGCAGACGCCAUUAAAGCUCCCUGAACCACUAACAGGAACCUCAACUGGACGAUGGGGACAAGAAUAAAGAUCUACGCCCAGGAUGUUGAGCUUUCUUUCGUCCCCCCUGUAACUGGGGAAAGCCAAAAGAAAAGCAGGCUGAAACUCGGCGGCUGAGGCAGCAAUACUCCGGCCGACCAAGACAAUUACACUUCCGGGAAGUUCCGGAUACCAUUUUCGGAGGAGACCAACUGGAUUCAGCUGCCAAUGGCGCCGCUUCGGUUUCCGGUACUGGCAAAUCUCUCUCCCUCCACCUUUUCUCCCUUCUCUGUUCCUCGUGGUUUUCUUUCCUCCAAUUUAGAGUUACCUGGGGAAAGUGGAAGUUUUCCGGUGUGGGAAUUUCUGUGAUGCUUAGUUGAGUAGAUGUUGACCCUUUCGGCCGGAAAGAGAGACUCAAACCGACGGCCUGUGCAUUAUUUCUGAUGCGCUUCAGAGAGGAUCUGAACCAGAAUUUGCUUGGAAAUUUUGCGGGGUGAUUGUUCUCUUUAAAUUGGAACCUGGGUGCGCUUUGAAUUGUAAGCAAACUCUCCAUCCAUGCAAGUCAUUAAGCCGGGUUGAGUAGUACUAGUAUAACACUCAGCUGAGUUUCUUAGUGAGGCUUUCCAUACUUGGAUCUCGUAAGAUUCAGAUCGUAUUCCUGUCUAUUGUCAUAAUGGCCUGUGAUAGUCCAAGGGAGCCCUUGCUUUCAGGGUCAUCCAUUCCCAACCCUCGAAUGAGCUCAGUCGCAACUGCUCAAAAGAGAAGAGUACUGAGACGUGCUAGGAGCGCUCCUCAAGCGAGUUUGGCUCCACCAGCUCCAGCUGGAAAGGACAGUGAUCCGGUCCCAUUAGCAGAGUCCAUCUUCGGGAAGCUUCACCCUAGCAUCAAGCAAGUAGCUGUUUACUUGGCUAUCUACCUGGGCCUCGGCACUCUAUCCUUCUACUUUGUGAAAGAUGACUUCAUAGGGAAGAAGACGAACAAUCUUCUGGAUGCCCUAUACUUCUGCGUCGUCACCAUGACCACCGUGGGAUAUGGAGACUUGGUCCCAAAUAGUUCCGCCGCAAAGCUGCUCGCCUGUCUGUUUGUCUUCACCGGGAUGGCUCUUGUUGCCUUGAUAAUGAGCAAGGCAGCCGAUUACUUGGCGGAGAAGCAAGAGAUCCUGCUACUGAAGGCGAUGCACCGAGACUCAAUCGGUCCAUCUGAAGUCCGUAAAGAAGCCGGGACCAAGAAGGCCAAGUACAAGUGCCUGUUGGCUGCAGGAAUCAUCGGAGUCCUCAUGGCGAUUGGAACCAUCUUCCUCCAUCGAGUCGAGAAUCUGGGACUCGUCGAUUCCUUCUACUGCGUCUGCUCCACCGUGACCACAUUGGGGUACGGUGACAAGAGCUUCUCCACGAGUGGCGGGCGCCUCUUUGCCGUGGUUUGGAUAAUUCUAAGCACCCUUGGGUUGGCUCAGCUGUUUUUCUACGUGGCGGAGGUGUUCACCGAGAGCAGGCAGAGGGAGUUGGUGAACUGGGUUCUCGCUAGAAAGAUGACCGCCGUGGACUUGGAGGCUGCCGAUAUCGACAGCGAUGGCCAUGUUGGGUGUGCGGAGUUUGUGCUGUACAAGCUGAAAGAGAUGGGGAAGAUCACACAGGAUGAUAUCAUGGUGGUGACGGAAGAGUUCGAGGGCCUUGAUGUCGACCAAUCGGGUUCGAUCACUGCGUGUGAUCUCGUUCUGGCUCAGCCAAAUGAAGCAAACAAAUGAGGUCUCUGAUUCGAACUAGUAGUGUUUGGUUUGGUUGUAUAAUGUGUAUGCUGAUGUAAAUGUUCUUGUGUGAUAAUUUGUGUAUCGUCCUCCAAUAUCAAAAUCCCCUGUAAAAAAAAUUCUCCCUAAGAACGACCACUCGAGCUAUUUUGCAAACUCAACAAAUGGGCACAAAUCGUAGGAAAUCCUUGUUUCAUUAGACAAAGCUUGCGGCUACAAAAUAACAGGCAUCCACUGAAACCCUAAAUCGGAAACCUAGAACCUCGGAAUAUGAACAAAACAGGACACACAAAGGAUUAGAGAAGUUUCGAAAUCCCUAAACAGCUCAGCCGCCGAAGCCGUACAAGGUCCGGCCUUGCCUCUUGAGCGCGUAGACGACGUCCAUGGCGGUGACGGUCUUCCGGCGAGCGUGCUCCGUGUAGGUGACGGCGUCGCGGAUCACGUUCUCCAGGAAGAUCUUGAGGACGCCGCGCGUCUCCUCGUAGAUGAGGCCGCUGAUCCGCUUGACGCCGCCUCGGCGAGCCAGACGGCGGAUGGCCGGCUUGGUGAUCCCCUGGAUGUUGUCGCGGAGGACCUUCCUGUGCCGCUUGGCUCCUCCUUUACCCAGCCCCUUUCCUCCUUUGCCGCGGCCCGACAUUUUUGCUUCAAAUUGGAAUCUGGAAGGAGAAGCGGGAAGAUUUGGAUCGAAAAUGUGGUUUUUGAAUUUUGGAUCUGCUGAAUUUGUGAGGGAAGAAGAAGAUGUUUAGAGGUUUUAUAUAGCUGCUGUGGACUGGGGAGAUGAUCGAUCGGGACCGUUGAUU